ACUAACCAUGCUGCUUCUUUACUCCAGGUAAUGCAGGUGGUGAGGGAGCAGAUCAUGCGAGCGCUCUCUCUCAAGCCUAAUUCUCUGGAUCAGUUCAAGAGUCGCCUGCAGAACCUGAGCUACACAGAAAUCUUGAAAAUCCGCCAGUCUGAGAGGAUGAAUCAGGAAGACUUCCAGUCUCGGCCCAUUUUGGAGCUGAGAGAGAAGAUCCAGCCGGAGAUCAUGGAGCUGAUCAAACAGCAGAGGCUCAACAGGUUGUGUGAGGGAACCUGCUUCAGGAAAAUCAGCAAUAAGUUCUGGUACUGCCGUCUGUCCCCGAAUCAUAAAGUCCUGCACUACGGGGAUCUGGAGGAGAGUCCUCAGGGAGAGGUGCCCCACGACUCUUUACAGGACAAAU